UGGGGCGGCGGGCGCAGAGCGCGGCGGACUCGCUCCGCUCCGCUCCGCAGGGCGCGCACCGGGCCGGGCGCUCCCAGAGCCGCCGCGGGGGCGGCCGGCGCUGCGCUGCGCUGCGCUCGCUCCCGCGCGGAGCCGGGAUGUGACUUGCGGAGGGCUGGCGGACAGAGCUGCCCCGCCGCCCUCGGCCGCAGCGGACAGCGGACAGAAAAAUGAAAACCUACCCAGCCAUUGGUUUCUUCCUCGUCUUGGUGAUCAGCUGUGGCUCCUCGGAGAACUCCAGCACCCCUCAGGGCUGCGGGCUGGAUCUGCUGCCCCAGUACGUGUACCUGUGUGACCUGGACGCCGUCUGGGGCAUCGUGCUGGAGGCGGUGGCGGGCGCGGGCGUGCUGACCACGCUGCUGCUGAUGCUGGUCCUGCUGGUGAGGCUGCCCUUCAUCAAGGACAAGGAGAAGAAGAGCCCCUUGGGGAUGCAUUUCCUCUUUCUCCUGGGCACGCUGGGGCUGUUCGGGCUGACGUUCGCCUUCAUCAUCCGGGAGGACGAGCUGGUGUGCUGGGCGCGGCGGUUCCUGUGGGGAGUGGCCUUCGCGCUGUGCUUCUCGUGCCUGCUGGCGCAGGGCUGGCGGCUGCGCCGGCUGCUGGGCCGCGGCCAGGGCCCGUCGGGCUGGCAGCUGGCGGGGCUGGCGCUGGGCCUGGCGCUGGUGCAGGUCAUCAUCGCCAGCGAGUGGCUCAUCCUCACCGUGGUCAGGGACGGCCGGCGCGCCUGCGGCUACGAGCCCAUGGACUUUGCCAUGGCCUCCAUCUACGUCAUGUUCCUGAUGGUGCUGGCCGCGGGACUCUCCUGCUUCACGCUCUGCGGGAAGUUCAAGAAGUGGAAGAAAAACGGAGUGUGCCUCGUUAUAACGCUGUUCUUUUCCCUGCUGAUCUGGGUGGCCUGGAUGACUAUGUACCUGUUCGGGAACGCCGAGCUGCACAGGAGAGACAGAUGGAGUGAUCCCACCCUGGCUAUUGCGCUGGUGUCCAGUGGUUGGGUGUUUGUUAUUUUUCACGCCAUCCCUGAGGUCCACUGUACCAUCCUCCCAUCACAGCAGGAAAACACACCCAAUUAUUUUGAUACUUCGCAGCCAAGGAUGCGUGAAACUGCCUUUGAGGAAGAUAUACAGCUUCCUCGGAGCUACAUGGAAAAUAAAGCCUUUUCCAUGGAUGAACAUAAUGCAGCACUAAGAACAGCAGGAUUUCGGAACGGCAGCUUGGGAAGCCGGCCCAGUGCUCCUUUUAGAAGCAAUGUGUAUCAGCCAACUGAGAUGGCAGUUGUGCUAAAUGGUGGGACUAUACCAACUGCUCCACCAAGUUACACUGGACGACACCUCUGGUGAAAGGCUGUAGGCUGUAGAGAAUGAGAAUCCUUGUUGCAGAUGUUGUUCCCUGGCAGUGUGUCUUUGAGGGAAGGAAUCCAUAACUGUACCAGAACAAAGCAACAAAGCAUCCAGGAUCUUUUUAAAUCCUACAGAGGAUUUAGCCUAAAUGUGAACACCAUUGAAUGGAGAAUUGCAAAAACAAAAUUGUCAAACUGAAGCUGAAUUUAAUUUAAAAGAGAAGUAGGCACACCUUAAAUUGGCAGAGGGGAUAUUGUAUUCUGAAGUGUAAGAUAUUCUCGUCUGUAACUUGUGUGCCAGGCAAGCCUGGUUUUGGUUGCUUGCAAAAUACCCUCCUCUCACCUAAACUUAACUCAUGUUGCCACAAGAGAUUGCCACUAUAGUGUGAAAACACGCAGGAUUUCUUUCCAUUUUGCUCCUUUUCCUGUCAUUCCCAAGGCCAUGAGAAGCCCCUGUUUGUCCUUCCCGGCUGUGCUGUGCAGUCACAUCUCACCGGGGCGCUCCUGCUGCUCCCUGGCGAUGCUCUGCUCUUCACAGCUGCCCUAGAGGGAUGAAGGUCUGUGAUGGUCCGUGCGGUUUGCAGCUCCUGGGGCCGGGAGGAGCCGCAGCUCCGGCCGGGGCAGCCCUGUGCACCCACCCACCCAUCGGAUCUGUGCGCAGCACAGCCCGCACCCGAUCCCGGGAGGGUGUUUGUGCUGGGACGGGCCGUGUGCGGCUGUGGCCGUGGCUGUGGCUGUGUCUGGCUGUGGCACUGGCCGUGGCUGUGGCACUGGCCAUGCGUGGCUGUGUCUGUGGCUGUGUGUGGCUGUGGCUGUGGCACUGGCUGUGGCUGUGUGGGGCUGUGGCACGUGGCCGUGGCAGUGGCUGUGUGUGGCUGUGUGUGGCUGUGGCUGUGUGUGGCCGUGGCUGUGGCUGUGGCUGUGGCCGUGGCUGUGUGUGGCUGUGGCCGUGGCUGUGGCCGUGGCUGUGUGUGGCCGUGGCUGUGGCCAUGGCGGUGGCACUGGCUGUGGCCGUGGCUGUGGCCAUGGCUGUGUCUGUGGCUGUGGCACUGGCUGUGGCCGUGGCUGUGUGUGGCUGUGGCUGUGUGUGGCUGUGGCCGUGGCUGUGUGUGGCUGUGGCUGUGUGCACUGGCUGUGGCCAUGGCCGUGGCUGUGGGUGACCGUGGCUGUGUGUGGCCGUGGCUGUGUGUGGCUGUGCCGGCGCUGCUGGAGGGAAGGAAGGCGAUCCUGAGCCGGCUGGGCUGGGCUGGGCUGGGCUGGGCUGGGCUGGGCUGGGCUGGGCUGGGCUGGGCUGGGCUGGGCUGGGCUGGGCUGGGCUGGGCUGGGCUGGGCUGGGCUGGGCGAGCGCUGAGAGCCCCGAGCCCUGUUGGUGCCGCAGGUGUUGGUGCGAUUCAACGUGGUGGUGAAGGUGAUUUUUAGUGCCUAGAGAGUAGAAUCUCUGUGCUGGAGGUGGUUUGUUGCUGUUUUUGUUUAUUUAAGGUGGUUUCUUCCCUACUGCUCCCCUCCCCAUCCAUUUUCUUGAGUUGAUACGAGGCAGACUUUUCAAAGCUUUCCAUCCUUGUUUUCUCCAGGUUAUUCGAACGGUUCCCAUUGCCCAUUUGUUGUGCCAUGUUUUUUCAUUAUGUUCGAGCAAUCAUUCCUUUCUUUAACAUUUAAUACAUAUCAGACAUUGAAAACAUCACUGUUUCCUCUGUUUGGCCAAUGUUAAUCUUAGCUUUCCUCAAUACUAAAAGCUAAUUGUUUUUACUUGAAGGCAUAGGAAACAUAUUACAAAUAAACUUUGCAUAUGCUGUAAUAAAAAUAUAUAUUUUCAAACUAAAAAUAAAAUAAUAUGUACAAAUAACUGAAUAGCUUAGUAGCUUCACAGAGAGAAGUUACUUGCUGUAUACUGCAGAAGAAAGACAAGCUUUUUAUUUUUCAAGAGUCUUCCUGAUUCCUCAUGUACCUGCAUUUCUACUGAAUUAGGAACCUAGUCCUGCAGACUUGUACUCCCAUCGACACCAGUAGGUCUAAUACAGGUACAGAGGCUGCAAGACCAGUCCCUAAGUGUUGCACACAGAUAAAUGUAUAUAUAUAUAUGGAAAAAUAUAUAUUGCCAUUCUUGCCAUGAUCAUCUUAUGGGGUUUUAUUUCAAAGCCCUUCUCCUCCAGAAGCAAUGUUUUUCUGUCAUGCAUGAGAGAAGGAGUGUGUCAGCUCCCCCUGCCCUCCCCUCCUCGAGGCAAAGGAAGCAUGUGCUUGUUUUAGGGAUCCUUUAUUUCACUCUGUAUGUAACUAGAUGGCCUUAGUAACCAAGUAGGGUAGGGGUGGAUAUUGCAUGCUAUCCAGUGACUUAGAAAUACAUUUUGCUUGCUAUGAGCAGAGCUUUGAUCAAAUAAGAUAAUGUUUAAGAUACUGAUAGCCACCCAGAAGACACCUAAUUUGAAACAAUUAAAAAACUAUUAUCACCACUUGCCUGCAGAAUUUUGGUUUUAAAAAACAUUUAAAAAAAAAAUCCCUCAUAAAACUCUUAUCAUAAAAACAUAUAAGAUGACCAUGGCAUAAAUGGUAGGACAGCUUUCUUUUAAAAAGUUUAUCAUGCUACAACCAAGACUUAUUAAUUAUAAUACACUUUUUCCAGACCUUUGACAAAACCUAUACAAGACAUAAUUAUCUUAAGAAACUUUCUUUUUCUAGAUGUGACUGAAUUGAUAAAUAGAGUUCCCAAUCCUGCUUCUGAUGUAGUUGUUUGGAAUUUCAGGGCUUAGAUAUGGCCAGAUCUUACAAACUGCUAUUCACAUGACUAGUCUCACUGGGUUAGUCAUGUGGACUAUUCAGUGAAUUAAAAAUUAGCAGGAUUGGAUUUAAUGUGUGGUGGUGAAAGUGUGGCAAUAGAUUUAGGAGGGUCUUUACUUUCCAACUUUAUAUAUAGUAAUGAGCAACUUUUUUUUUGUAUGUCAUUAGUCUGUGAUGUAAAAUGCCCCAAAAUAAAACUGUAAUUGAAGAAAGGCACCUUUAUGUUAACUUAUAUUUUUGUUAAUAGUGUUUACUUUUGCCUUUUUUGAAAGCUUUCUAGAAUGUAGAGCAUCUGUGAACAACAUGAAUAAGUAAGUAAGCACAAGCCUUUCACAGUUCUCCUAACUAUAAUUAGCUUUUAUACUAUAAAAGCUACUAUGUUGUCCCUUGAUGGUUAUGUGAUCAUGGUGUUUCCAUGCAGAAAAUGAAGUCACAAAGCACGUGACAAAAGCAUCUAUUACCAAAACAAGAUUUAUAAUGACUAGUUUUUGAUCAAUGGCAGGAAAAGAGUUCAAAGUCAUACAGAUCCUGUUCUGCUUUCAGAUGGGUUGAGGGUGUUUGACACUUACCAGAAAAUAUGUAGCAUCUUUAGAAGAGCACUCUCAAUACAUCAGCUGUUUCUAUAAACAAGGCACAUGAAAUAGUCUAGAAUUAGUGUUUCUGCUUUUAGUCUAAACACAGGCAUCUUGUUGGCUUUGCUUGAGCCUGAUGCCUUGGGUCUCACUAAAGGCCAUACAAAAGGGAGCAUUGUAGCUUUUAUAAUAAAACAAUUGGAUUAUUCUACCAAUUUACAGGAUUACAAAGCAGGUGCUUUUUAUUAAUUGAUGAGAGCUAAAGCUCAUUUUUGAUAGAUAAUAUAUAUUUAUUAAUGUAUUAAUGUGUGUUUUAUAACCUACCCUUUUUCCUGCUGAUUGUUGCAUACUGGUAUCUUAUUAAGGACAUCUUUAAAGGAUUUUCAAGACAAUCAAUGUGUACCAUGAUGACUGUACAUAAGUAUACAAAACUACAAAGGUUGUAAAGCAUGGGCAAAUGUUUUAUUUUCAAAAUGCUGUUCUUAACGAGAAUAAAGGCUUUACUAUUUACUUACAA